GCGGUGACGGGCGCUGGCGGGUGGCUAAGCAGGCCAUGCGGACGGCUGGCGACCCGGGAACCCACGGCUCCGCGCUCGUCCCUCGCGCCGCGGUAGCCGGGAGCCCGCUGCCUUAGCGGCGGCCUUUGUUCCCUGCGUCGCCGUCUGCCGCGCUCCGGCCGGCGCGGAUGCAGCUGCUCCACCUGGGCUCGCGCUCAGGGGCUGGAGGAGGAACGGCGGCGCCGGGCGGCAUGCGAUGGGGAACUGCUGCUGGACGCAAUGCUUCGGGCUGCUCCGCCGGGAAGCAGGUCGGCUGCAGCGAGCAGGCGGAGGAUCAAAAUAUUUUAGAACAUGCCCACGAGGAGAGCACUUGACCAUAGAGUUUGAGAAUCUGGUAGAGAGUGAUGAGGGGGAGAGCCCAGGAAGCAGCCACAGGCCACUUACUGAGGAGGAAAUUGUUGAUUUACAAGAGAAGCAUUAUGAUUCUAUUGCUGAAAAACAGAAAGCUGUGGAUAGGAGAAUCCAGAGGGAGUUAGCCUUACAAGAGGAGAAGUUAAGACUAGAAGAAGAAGCUUUAUAUGCUGCCCAGCGGGAAGCAGCCAGGGCAGCAAGGCAGCGAGCGCUCCUGGAGCAAGAAAAGCAGAGAGUUGCACAGCGCUAUCAUCCUAGCAGUGGAGACUAUCAAAGUGCAGGACCAGAAGACGACUUUGAAUCUUGUUUGAGAAAUACAAAGUCACAGUACGAAGUUUUUCGAAGUAGUAGACUCUCAUCUGACGCCACAGUAUUGACACCAAAUACCGAAAGCAGCUGUGACCUAAUGACCAAAACCAAAUCAACUAGUGGAAAUGACGACAGCACCUCCUUGGACCUGGAGUGGGAAGAUGAGGAAGGAAUGAAUAGGAUGAUGCCAAUGAGAGAGCGUUCCAAGACAGAAGAAGACAUCCUGCGGGCAGCACUGAGGUUCAGCAGCAAGAAGGGGAGCAACCCCACGUCCGCCUCUGAUGAUUCUAACGGGCUGGAGUGGGAGAAUGACUUCGUCAGUGCCGAAAUGGACGAUAACGGCAACUCUGAGUACUCUGGGUUUGUGAACCCUGUGUUAGAGCUGUCAGACUCUGCUAUCCAGCAGUCUGAUACGGACCAGCAGAUCAGAUAGGAAGGAAUUGUGUGACCUUACUUACCAAAUGUUAAAAGUCAACUAGAAUGUACAGAUGGCAUGUCAAGCCUUUUUGUAAGGUGGCAAAUAACAUGUGACAAAUGCUCAUUUUCCUAGAAGCAGGAGUAGAGGGAGAGAGCUGAACGCUUCAGUCAAGUGCGAUUUCAACAUCUGCCUUCUGUGUCGCAGGCCCGACUCAGUGAUUCUGACAUAUCAAGCACUCGUGGCAUUCUGUUUACCCUGCUCACGACUGCAUCUUAACUCUGUAUUAGCUUUACUUUGAUUGCUUUCCUAAGCCUAUCUUAUUAUAGAAAUGAAUUUAAAAUGACUGUUUUGUGA